GUUUAUCGAGCUAUGGACUUCCCUGCUGAAAAAAAUUACGCCGACAUGGGACUACCUUGGAGCCCAUCUUGCCAGAGCCAGCUGGACAAAACCUCCCAGUCCGAUCGGCCGUCAACUACUGACACUCGACGAAUGCCACCUGAAAACCGUUAGGACUCCAAGGACUCCUGCCAACUCGAUAGCCUCGCGCUGACAACGCCUAACAGCACUUGAUGUGGACGAAUUUCUGCUCAACGACUGCAAGUAUCGUGACGACAGUAGGUAACCUGCCCCUCUGUUGGGGUUGGCAUUUAUCAAGGGUAACAAAAUACGCAGGUUCCAAGCACCCGCUCGGCUGGGCACGGCUAGCGGCGAUACAGGACCAGUUCAACAACAUGGACAUGUCUCGAGACUUCAGCUAUGUUUGGAAACGUUGGGAAUUAUACAACGGUGGCCGGUUAGCCUUUUUGCAACAAGAGCUUUACAACUACGAAAAAGAAAGAACCGAUCAUCUCAGGUGCUUGACGAAGAACCAGAAAAGACCACCGGGCCACCCUCCUAUAAUGGAAGAUUACUACGACAUUUUGAUGAAUGACCUGGCCUCCGUGCUCCAGGCUCAUACUUCAAUUCGUGCUCAAUCGCGAGAGAUGCGCCAGCUUUACCCUGUGCCCCGGGAGCAAUACAGGGACUUGCUGGAACACAUGGCAGAGCACGGCAUGCUUGAGAGAGAGGGAUAUCUAUAUUUCGAUUCGCCGGACGAAUUCUCCAGCGUAUUUCCUCUCCCCCCGCUCUGGGUGAUACGGUUUCUCUACAGUCCAUUCGGCAAGUGGGUCAUAGUGAGUGAUGCCACGGCAGUCAGCCCGUCCAGAUCAGGAAACUGACCAUGGCUGCCCAAACAGAAACACUUCUUCCGCAAGGGAGACGACCCGCAUUCCCGCUUCCUCCCCGAAAGCGCUCUCAUCAUCAUGCUCAAGACAAUACAGGUCCUAGGCGCCGCGGCGCUCGUCUUCAUACCCGUGGGCAUCCUCUGGCUUGCGGAGCCAAGCAAGCUUCAGGCUUUUGGCGU